CGCGAUCAGGUGGCCGCUGCUCCAACUUCACCAUUACGCACAGCGGAGGGCGCACAGUGCAGUGAUGGAGGCUGAGUGGGCGCUUUAGACAGUCCGGUCCAGUCUGAUCUCAUGUCCUGCACGUGGUGGAGUUCUGCGUUCCUGCACAAAGCCGAACCAUGAGCUCCUCUCUCCCCAAAAGCGAAUCCACGACUUCUUUGCUCAGAUCAUCCAACCGCAAGUCCGCGCACUCGGAUGGUCCUCACGGUCAGAGGAGCCACCGCGGUCAGCAUCAUCCCGCCAGUUCUGGAGGCAGCGAGGAUGCUGGCUGGACGGUGGACAGCGCGCGGAGACCUCUCUGCAAGCCUGCAGAACCGCGGACACAGAUGAGGCAAACGAGCCUCCCCACCACUUCUCAGGAGGACGUUAGACGCAGGACGGGUCGGAGUCAGAAAGAGCGCAGCAAGUCCACCAGGUCCAAACAGUCCGUGCAGCACCAGGACAGUUCGAGACAGGACAAGAAGACCUCACAGACUCCGUCAGACGCAGCGGCGGCGGCGCUGUUCUUGGAGCCGAAGCGGAGAGUCGUUACCGGAUCAUCCUCCAGUCUGAGCUGUGAUCCGCCUGUGGCAGGUGCGCCACGUGUCCAGGCGGCAUCCAGCCGCAAAAACAAAAAACUCUGCGCACCUCUGUCUGAAUAUGACGCAAGUCUUCACCCAAUUGUGAAGUCGGUUUUUGGACAGGACCGAGAGUUAAGGCCAGAAGAAAUGGAUGAGCUACGUGAAGCAUUUAAGGAGUUUGACAAAGACAAAGAUGGUUUCAUUGGGUGCAAAGACCUGGGGAACUGCAUGAGAACUAUGGGUUACAUGCCGACAGAGAUGGAGCUGAUAGAACUGAGCCAGCAGAUCAACAUGAACUUGGGAGGACACGUCGAUUUUGAGGACUUUGUUGAACUGAUGGCACCCAAACUGCUGGCUGAAACAGCCGAUAUGAUCGGAGUCAAAGAGCUGCGAGACGCAUUCAAGGAGUUUGACACAAAUGGCGAUGGGCAGAUCAGCACAGCAGAACUUCGAGAAGCCAUGAAGAAACUUUUAGGACAGCAGGUUGGCCACAGAGAUCUGGAGGACAUCCUGCGAGACAUUGAUCUUAACGGAGAUGGCCACGUAGACUUUGAGGAAUUUGUGCGAAUGAUGUCUCGGUGAGUUCCUGAAAAAUCUGAGAUAAAGAUCAAGACAUGGAUUUUUCAGUUGAGUCUCUGACAUGGACAACAAAAGAAGCCAAAGGAGGGUAAUGAUGGAUUUUCAACUUCAAGAACUGUAAUUUGAAGAAGCACUGAAACUGCCACACUGAAGCUCAAAGGCUGACGGCUGCAGCUGCGAGCAACACUGUCGAUCACAUGCUGCUGAGGACUCACAGAACUAACAUACACCAACAGCCACUUUUCUGACUUUUACAAAGUAUAUUUUAAAAGUAAAACCUCGUUCAGUAAUUACAGCACUUCUGUUGCUGACAGGGUUUUUGACCCAAUGGGUGAAGAAAUAUGGGACAUUUGUUUUUUUUAACACAAUACUGUUGUUAUUAAAAUCUGUGUCAAUGAAUUAUUUUAUAAUAAUAUGACUCUAUUAUUCCUAUAUGCAUGUAUUCAUUUUUAAAUGCAUUAAAGAAAAAAAAAAUCAUUAAACUACAAAUAAAUAAGCAAUAAAUUAAGUUAUAUUAACAUAUCAGAAAUUGUUAUCAGAAUAUGUGAGCAAGUGUUUAAUCAGUUAUGCUAAAUAAAAAAUGUAAAAAAAAA